AUGAUGCCCCCUCAAGUCCUCAUUUCAGGUCUCCUACUCCUUCUCCCAGCAGCUUGGACCACCACUGUGACAUCAUCAGAUCAGCUUUGGAAUAAUCACACCGAUGUGGACCCAACACAAUCCCCCCUGAAGAUCUCCACUAAGGACCUCUAUAUUGGAACCUCUGUGUCUGCUGCACUCCUGAUCCUCCUUGCAGGUGUCCUGGCUGUCCUAAAGUACAGACACAGAAGAAAGAAGAUCCUGGAGAGUGCUGUUGUCUUCCAUGGAUUUCAGAAUGGAGUUUUUCAAAGCACAGAGCAAUCCCAAGCUGUAGACGUCUAUGUCAUCGAAGACAGUAAAGUUCCAGUUGCCCAUUGA